CUCGAAAAGAACCAGAUUCGUUUUCCGAUAAACCUUCGGCGGGGUUUUAGGGUUUAAGCCCGGAUGCUUUGAACGCUAAAGCUCCUACCUUUACUUUAUAACGCAGAAUCCACAGAAAUCAGUCAAAAAGGGGGGAAAUCGUGAAAUUCAAGGGAUAAUUGUUUAUAAAGGAAGAACAAGAUGUCUGCAUACAGUGCAGCAGUGAUGGGUUCUCUUCAUCACAAUAUAUUGUUUACGGUUCCAAGGGUUCUCAACAUGAAUGAAUACCGAAAUUGCAAUCAGGUUAGCUUUACUCAGGGAUGUCGAGCUGCAAAUGUUAAAGGGAUUUUGGUUACUGGAAGCCCAGCUUCAUCUGCCUCGGCCUCAGAUUCGGAGAGCAGAGGAAACGUGAAUAACUUAGUGGACUAUCCGCUGAGAGAUGCAGAUCCAGAGCUUCAUGCACUUAUUGAGAAGGAAAAACAGCGGCAAUUUAACUGCUUAGAACUCAUUGCUUCUGAGAAUUUCACAUCUCGGGCUGUGAUGGAAGCAUCCGGUUCAUGUCUCACCAAUAAAUAUUCUGAAGGAUUGCCUGGUAAAAGAUACUAUGGAGGCAAUGAGUACAUUGACCAAGUAGAAACCCUCUGUCAGAAAAGGGCUCUGCAGACUUAUCGUCUGGAUGAGAAUAAGUGGGGUGUAAAUGUUCAGCCAUUAUCUGGUUCUCCUGCCAAUUUUGAAGUUUACACUGCUCUCUUGAGCCCACAUGAUAGAAUAAUGGGCCUUGAUCUACCUCAUGGAGGGCACUUGUCUCAUGGCUUUAUGACACCUAAAAGACGGGUAUCAGGCACCUCAAUAUUUUUUGAGUCCAUGCCUUAUCGGCUUGAUGAAUCUACAGGCUUUGUAGAUUAUGAAAUGCUUGAGAAAACAGCUAUUCUUUUCCGACCAAAACUGAUAAUUGCUGGUGCCAGUGCAUAUCCUAGGGACUUUGAUUACCCACGAAUGAGGAAGAUUGCAGAUUCUGUAGGUGCAUUCCUCAUGAUGGAUAUGGCUCACAUCAGUGGACUCGUUGCUGCUUCAGUUGUUGCUGAUCCUUUUGAAUUCUGCGAUGUGGUUACUACAACUACACACAAGUCCUUGCGUGGUCCUAGAGGUGGCAUGAUCUUUUACAAGAAGGAUCCUGUUCUCGGUGUUGAUUUAGAGACUGCUAUAAAUAAUGCUGUUUUUCCUGGUUUGCAGGGUGGUCCUCAUAAUCAUACAAUUGGUGCACUUGCUGUGUGUUUACAUCAUGCUCAGUCACCUGAGUUCAAGACUUAUCAAAGUCAGGUUAUAUCUAAUUGCAAAGCUCUGGCAUCCAGAUUGACGGAACUCGGGUACAAGUUAGUUUCUGGUGGAAGUGACAAUCACUUGGUUUUAGUGGAUCUGAGACCUCUGGUAUGCUCAUGUCCCUUUAUUUCUGUGCUUGGUUGUUAAUUACUUGGAAGAAAC